GUUGGCGCACUGUAUAAAAGUUUCCGCGCGCCACCCAAGCGCAUUCAGUAGUAGCGCAAGCGAGCGGGAACGCGUAACCGCGUGGCGUUUUUGGUCUGCGGCUUUUGUACAGUGCAAUAUAUACGUAAUACGCAAAACGGUUCAGUGUGGAGCGAAGUAGUGGUAACAGGAAGUGAAUUCAAAGUGUUUCAAUUUUGCCUCCUCUGUUGUUUGUUAUAGUGGAAAGAUGUGGAACAGCAUCACUGUCAGCGGGUUGGUGCUCGUGGCCGCGCUUGCCACAUUGUGUCAUGGAGCGUGCGAUGAACCGUGCCCGGUGCCGCCAAAGCAUUACGCCGAGCUUGGCUGCAAACCAAUCCUCGAGGAAGGUCAGUGUUGCCCGAAAAGAUACCAGUGCCCCGAGUUGACCGAUCGCGAUGGAAACAAAUGCUACUUCAAUGGCAACAUUUAUCCGGCCGGCGCCAAGCUAGCCCCGGCCGAACAGGAAAUUCACUCCUGCUCGCCUGCCUGCUUCUGCUCCAACCACACCGCACCGGCAACGUUCCGUUGCGCCAGCAUCGAUUGUUUCGAGUUUUUCGAACCGACGAAAGAGGACUGCAUCCACCAGUACACGCUGCACGGGUGCUGCGCGGAAAAGAGCGUUUGCGGUGCGGACAAGCUGGCCAAGCUCGCCCAGUGCUAUCUGGACGGCCGGCAGUAUUACGAGGGCCAGCGGAUGUACCCGAAGGAGGAGUCGUGCAAGUUUUGCUACUGCAAGCCCGGCUUCGACAACAGCACGGUCGGGGCGGACAAUCCGAACUGCUACGAGACGCAGUGCGGGCUGGAGCUGCACGCCGGCGAUCGGAUCGCGAUGGGCUGCAUACCGAUCUACUUCGGCAACCAUCGGUGCUGCCCAAUCUCGUGGAAGUGCCCAUCCGACAGCGAUGAGGUGAUUGUCGAGGGACGCAUCGAGCAGGACGAUGACGCCCAGCCCGAACCGGCCAUGCAAUGUAAGUUCGGCAAGCUGACGCUGAACAAAGGGGACGGCGUGAGCAGCGACGACAAGUGUGUGGAGUGCAAGUGCACGGUACCACCGCUAGCCCACUGUAUUCAGCGGGAGGAUUGCUAGAGCGGAACGGGGGCCACGAUUAGUGUUAGGUUAUUUUUUAAAGUAAUUAUUUAAAUUUUGUCACCAGAGAGAACGCAAGGAAGGGAAAGAAAAGAAGAGAAGGGAAGAGUAGAGCGUCGAACAUCGUGUACUUAAUAAGCGCGGCGUGAAGGCUGUGUGGAGUUUUUUUUGUUUCGAAUAAACCAUGAUCGUUUUAA